UAAGUACUUUCUGUUUUACACGUGUCAAUACGUAGAGCUUAGUUUGCUUGCCGAGAUCCAAAUUUUUGAAGUGAAUAAGCAGCUCUCUGACGAGCAACUCACAUUAGUUGGUGGUAGCGUUUUGCCCAGGCUCGAACUGCAUGAUCAUCAUCGGGCCGAGUAUCGUCACAAGAAUGAUUUCCACGAAAUUUGCUUUAUGCCUGUUAGGGCUACUCUUCCUUUCUGCUUCUUGUUACGCCCAAGAUGAAGACGUUGUAGCAGAUAAUAUUGAACUUGAUCUGGGUGCUAGCAGAGAAGGUUCCAGAACAGAUGCUGAGGUGGUUCAGAGAGAAGAAGAAGCCAUUAAACUAGAUGGACUAAAUGUAGCUCAAGUUAAGGAACUUAGAGAAAAGUCUGAAAAGUUUGCUUUCCAGGCUGAAGUAAAUCGAAUGAUGAAACUCAUCAUCAAUUCAUUAUACCGCAACAAAGAGAUCUUCUUGAGAGAAUUGAUUUCCAAUGCUUCAGAUGCCAUCGACAAAAUUCGUCUUAUGGCUCUCACUGAUAAGGAUGCUUUAGCUGCUACAACUGAACAAACCAUCAGAAUUAAAGCUGACAAAGAAAACAAUGUUCUUCAUAUUACCGAUACCGGCAUUGGCAUGACUAAGAACGACUUGGUUACAAACCUUGGUACAAUUGCCAAAUCAGGAACUGCUGAUUUCUUGAGCAAAAUGCAGAACCCAGAAUCAACCGGCCAAGAUGCAGGAGACCUAAUCGGACAAUUUGGUGUCGGUUUCUAUUCAGCUUUCUUAGUGGCUGAUCGAGUCGUUGUUACUUCAAAGAAUAAUGGCGAUAAACAGUACAUUUGGGAAUCGGACGCCAAUUCUUUCAGCGUUGCUGAAGAUCCUCGAGGCAACACUCUUCAACGCGGUACACAAAUUAGCCUCUAUCUGAAGGAAGAAGCUCGUGAUUUCCUCGAAAUAGACACCGUCCGCAACCUAGUGCACAAAUACUCCCAGUUUAUCAAUUUCAAUAUUUACCUAUGGACAAGCAAGACAGAGGAAGUAGAGGAACCUAUUGACGAUGAGGCCGAACCUGUUGAAGACAAGAAAGCAGAGGAAGAGGAAGAUGCCAAAGUUGAGGAAGAGGCUGAAGAGAAGAAACCUAAAACUCGUAAAAUUGAAAAGACUACUUGGGAUUGGGAGUUGUUGAAUAACGCUAAGCCAAUUUGGACAAGAAAACCAUCUGAAGUGGAAGAAAAUGAAUAUGAAGAGUUCUACAAGGCAAUUACUAAAGAUACCCAAGGGCCGUUGGGACAUAUCCAUUUCGUCGCAGAAGGUGAAGUCACUUUCAAAUCCCUUCUUUAUAUCCCUAAAGCUCAGCCAACUGAAAGUUUCAACAAGUACGGAACUCGCACCGACAACAUUAAGCUUUACGUCCGCCGCGUUUUCAUCACCGACGACUUCCAAGACAUUAUGCCCAACUAUUUGAACUUUGUUCGCGGUGUUGUCGACUCUGAUGACUUGCCUUUGAACGUCUCUCGUGAAACCCUCCAGCAGCACAAACUUAUCAAGGUCAUCCGCAAGAAGCUUAUUCGUAAGACUCUUGAUAUGAUCAAGAAAUUGGACAAGGAAGGUCAAGAAAAAUUCUGGGCUGAAUAUUCCACCAAUAUCAAAUUGGGUGUUAUCGAUGACUCCGCCAACCGUUCCCGUCUUGCCAAACUCCUGCAGUUCCGCUCAUCAGCCAACAAAGGAUUCGUCACAUUCUCCGAUUAUGUGGAGCGUAUGAAGGAAAAACAAGAAUCUAUUUAUUUCAUUGCUGGUUCUUCUUUGGACGAAGUCGAGAAGUCGCCAUUCGUUGAGCGUCUUGUGAAAAAGGGUUAUGAAGUCCUCUACCUCACCGAGGCUGUUGAUGAAUACUGCAUCUCUGCUCUUCCCGAGUUUGAAGGCAAGAAAUUCCAGAACGUCGCCAAGGAGGGUGUUGAAUUGGAUGAGGGAGAAGGUGCCAAAGCCAAGUUGGAAGCCCUCAAGACACAGUUUGAGCCAUUGACCAAGUGGUUGACUGAAACCGCUCUUAAGGAACACAUUAUGACAGCCAAGGUAUCAAACCGUUUGCACACAUCGCCUACUGCAUUAGUAGCGUCACGAUGGGGUAUCACUGGUAAUAUGGAACGGUUGAUGUUGGCUAACUCGCAUCAGAAAGCACAAGACGUUCAAAGAGACUACUAUUUAACACAGAAGAAAACUUUGGAGAUCAAUCCUCGCCAUCCUUUGAUCAAGGAACUUCUCAAGCGGGUUGAAGCUAACCCUGAAGAUCGUAUUUCCAAGGGCAUGGCUAUGAUGAUGUUUCAGACAGCUACACUUCGAUCUGGCUACAUGUUGCAAGAUCCCAGUCAGUUUGCUGAGCAUAUUGAUGCUAUGUUGAAACAAUCUUUGGGUAUUGGUGAUGAGGUGGUCGAAGAAGACGAGGAAAUUGAAACUGUGCCAGAAGCAGAAAAUGCCGAGGAAGAGGCAGAACAGGAUGACGAAGAAGAUGAAGAUAAAUCGUCAAAAGAUGAACUUUGAAUGAAUGUGUCGUGAAAAUGCGAGUGUUUGGUAUGUCUGUUUGUUUUUUGUUUUUUGGCCGAUACAUUAUUAUGGACGUGCGUUAAAAUUAUGUUACACUGUCAAAAUGAAAUCUGAACUGCGCCGUAAA